GCGCUGCAGUGGGCGUCAUGGCCAUGGACGUGGCAGAAUACCACCUGAGCGUCAUCAAGAGCCCUCCUGGCUGGGAGGUGGGUGUCUACACCGCUGGGGCCCUGGCGCUGCUGGGCAUUGCGGCCGUGAGCCUGUGGAAGCUCUGGACAUCGGGGAGCUUCCCCAGCCCCUCCCCGUUCCCUAACUACGACUAUAGGUACCUUCAGCAGAAGUAUGGCGAGACGUACGCAGAGGCCAAGCAGAAGAGAGUGCCUGCCUGGAAUGCCCAGCGGGCCAGCACUCGGGCACCGCCCAGUCGCAAAGGCAGCCUCAGCAUCGAGGACACGUUUGAGAGCAUCAGCGAGCUGGGGCCCCUGGAGCUGAUGGGCCGGGAGCUGGACCUGGCGCCCUACGGGACCCUCCGCAAGUCCCAGUCGGCCGACUCCCUGAACUCCAUCUCCUCCGUGAGCAACACCUUCGGGCAGGACUUCACGCUGGGCCAGGUGGAAGUAAGCAUGGACUACGAUGCCGCCUCCCACACCCUCCACGUGGCCGUGCUGCAGGGCAAGGACCUCCUGGAGCGCGAAGAAGCCGGUUUCGAGUCCUGCUUCAUGCGCGUCAGCCUGCUGCCCGAUGAGCAGAUCGUGGGCAUCUCCCGGAUCCAGAGGAAUGCCUACUCCAUCUUCUUUGACGAGAAGUUCUCCAUUCCCCUGGACCCUGCAGCCCUGGAGGAGAAGAGCCUGCGGUUUUCCGUGUUUGGCAUCGAUGAGGACGAGCGGAACAUCAGCACGGGCGUGGUGGAGCUGAAGCUUUCUGUGCUCGACCUCCCGCUACAGCCCUUCAGCGGCUGGCUCUACCUACAGGACCAGAACAAGGCUGCCGACGCUGUGGGCGAGAUCUUGCUGUCCCUCAGCUACCUCCCUACGGCUGAGCGCCUCACUGUGGUGGUGGUGAAGGCCAAGAAUCUCAUCUGGACCAACGACAAGACCACGGCAGACCCCUUCGUCAAAGUGUACCUGCUUCAGGAUGGGAGGAAGAUGAGCAAAAAGAAGACAGCCGUGAAGAGGGAUGACCCCAACCCAGUGUUCAACGAAGCCAUGAUCUUCUCGGUGCCAGCCAUCGUGCUCCAGGACCUGUCUCUCCGUGUGACGGUGGCUGAGAGUAGCAGCGAUGGCCGAGGGGACAACGUGGGCCAUGUCAUCAUCGGGCCGUCAGCCAGUGGCAUGGGCACCACGCACUGGAACCAGAUGCUGGCCACGCUGCGCAGGCCCGUGUCCAUGUGGCACCCUGUUCGGCGAAACUAGCAGCUGGAGAACGGGCCAGGGUGGGCACUGAGCUGCCUGGGGCCCGGCGCAAGCUCCGCUCUGAUGCCCCUCCAUAGUCCAGCAGGAGCCAUAAAUGCUGGGGUCCCCCACUGGAGCCCCCAUGAGCCAUCUUGGUCCAUCUGUCCAGACUGCAGUGGAGGAACAGGCCUGGCCAGGUGUCUAGGGACCCAGGAUUUUCUCCCACUGAGGACCAGCUGUGGCUGGGCUGUGACCCAGGGCAGCCUGGCACUGGCCCUUUGUGCCCCCAUUUUGAGAUCCCCAACAGGCUGCUGGGAGGCCAGUGCCAAGCUCGGCCACAUGCAGGAACCGAGUGAGUCUUGGGGGCCAGGUGCUGUGCUAGGCACCAGCAGUCGUGACAUGAACAGGACACAGCCCCUAGCAUGUCCGGAGGGCAAGACCCCCUGCCCUGGGGAUCUGCUCAGUGCUGAAUGUGGACUUGGGAGGGCUCUGGGGUCUGCUAGGACGAGAUGGGAGCCGAGCCCUGAGGGGCAGGGAAAGAACUAAAUGUGUCCCAGGCAGGCAGCCAGCCUCAGCAAGGCAGGGACGUGAACUUCCGUAUCACAAACUGUCCUACUGCAGUGGACACGAGGGCCUUUCUCUGCGCAAGAGAAGUGACCAGGAGACCAGGCCAAGCAGAGGGCUGCAGGGUGCGGCAAACACUGGCUCUGGAAUCACGCUCUAUGAAAUCUGCUCCCUUGAACCGUGACCCUUGCAAAGCCCAGAGGUCUGAAGAGGCCCAGAGCCAGGUCCUUGUGUUCGGUCCCAACUGAAUUAGGCAUUGGCUCCAUGGCGUUUGCUGGGGUACCUCCAGGCUAGGCCCUUUGGGAAGAGAGAUGCCUCGGCCUCUAGGGAGCUGGAGGGCAGUGGGAGGGCCAGAAUACAGACUGCAGGGGGCCCAUGGGAGAGGCUUUUGUGGGCUGCCCGUGCGUGGUGUAGCAGGAGGCCCUCGAGCUGGGCCUUGGAGGAAAGGGGCCGCCUGAGCUGGGGCAUUGAGGGGAAGUGGAGGGGUGUCCGGAUGGAGGGUGGGGUGGGGGCAGGUUUGAAUGCCAGACGGGGAAGGAGGUGGCACUGGGUGUCCUAGGUCGAGUUCCAAAAGCAGACCCUGAGAUUCUCAGGCGAGGGGUUUAUGCAGGGUGGGGGUGCGGGGGAGGCAGGGAGCCCUCUGGAGAAAACUGUAGGGGAGAGAGGAAAGCCAGGGAGCAGGGACAGAAGCUAAGUAAGUUGUGGCUUUAGGAGUGUCUAGCUCCAGGCUGAUGGCUUGAAGUCUGAUGGAGGAGCUCUGUGACCGGCACCCCAGAGGGGUCCUGCCCAGAAGCAAACGGGCUGGGCUGUUUUGCCCCCACAGGGCUUUGGCUACCACCCCGCCCCAGCUGGAGGAAGAGCGCAUACCUUCCAGAUGUCGCCGGCUGAGGCGCCUCCCAUCCGCCAAAGGCAGCCCCAGAGAAGCAGGCGGCCCGAGGGGUGGGUGCCCCUGCUGGUUCAUCAGGAUGGGGUGGGGAGCGGGGCGUGUUGUGGCAUCUGCUCCCAGGGGCCACCCUCAGGUCAGGACAUGGGCCCUCCGGCUGGCUGCCUCUGGUCCUGAUGAGCUACAGAGACCCAGGCCCAACCAGUUAUCUCCAGUGAUGCUGCGGGAGCCCAGAGUGGUCAUGGGCUGGAGGCAGAACUGUGGCUCUCCCCACCUAACACAGCUGUGGCCCAGGCCUGUGGCCCAUACCAGGAGGUCUGCACGGCCCAGGCCAGCACGGGGUCCGGGGACACAGCUGGUGAGCCUCUGGAGCCGGGGAGACGCCAGACUCUUUUCUGCCGCAGUGGCUCCGCAGCAUAGGCCAUUUACUCCCACCUUCUCUUCCCCCUCUUUCUGUCCCUCUGACUGCAUGAAAUGUUGACUGUGUACCCGAGAUGGGCAUGGUGGGGACCAAGUCUGCUGACUGGAAUGAUUCUAGAACCAAAAUAAAGCUGGGGCAGGAAGGAGGGGGCUUCCAGGGAGCCUUGCUCAGCCCCAAAUCACCUUGGUCUCUUCUCCAGGAAUCAGGGACUUGUG